CUGACGGCCCCGAGCCUUCCCGGGGCCGCUGCCUCCCGAGCCUCGCGGGCCGGGCCCGGCUCGCCCCGAUCGGGGAGCGGCCGAAGUCGCUGGAGCCCCGAUCGCUCGGACCCGGACUGAGCGGCGAGAUCCCGGAAGGAGCUCGGAGGAGGACGUCGGCGACUGAGCUACUGGGCUUGGACUCCGGCUCCGACUCCGGCUCCGGCUCCGGCUCCGGCUCCGACUCCGGCUCCGACUCCGGCCCCGGCCCGGCCCUGCUGCCGCCGCCUCCUCCUCCUCCUGCUCCUCCUCUAAAGCCAAGUCCUUCUUCGCUAAUAGGGUGCAGACGCCGCUCUCUUGCCUUCUGGAGGAGACCGGGACCUUUAGCAGGGAACACUGGACUCUUCCCCAACUCUGUCAGCAGGGUCCCGGUGACCGCUUAAAAGGAUGGCUUGUAGUUGGGGAAAAAGAAGAAGAAAGAAGAAAAACCAAAUCCUGUUACCCACGGAAGCCAUGUUAUGAUCCACAAGUGUAUUUUAUUUAGACACUUUGUUGUUAUCCUGAAUUGACUGGUGGAGACAGGGCCUUAAGUCUGUCUGGUUUUUGUGAAUGGUUCGUUCGCUGGUGUUACCACUAAUGUUGUAGUCAUAUUUCAUUUUGUUAGCAUCUCUCUUUUGUAGGGUCUGAUGAAAUCUCUGUCUUCAGUUUGCGCCCUCCUCAUCUGUUUGAUAGUUCUACACCUUUAGGGGUUUGUUGCAUUUUGAGGGGAGAGAAGAUUUAGGAAGGGUGAACAGGUAUUGAUUUACUGAAGGUGCUCGUGAGAAAUUGUCUCUCUCCGUUACAAACAACAACCACCACAGCAACACACACUAACUUCUCAAUCUUUCCGUAGGAAGUUAGUGUGUGUGUAUUGGUCUCUUUUUAGGCUCUGCUUAGAAGAAACCAGUUAAAACCACUGUUCCAUUCGGAUUAGUUCAGUGUCCACUUCACCUGUGGAGACCUUCAAAGAUGAAAAGGGAGUUGAAAGUCUCUUUGAGUCCUGGGAUUUUAUGCUGAUGCUGUCAUCAAGGGAAGAGCCCUGCUCAUUUGGAUUGCCCUGUGGGUAGAGGCCAGGGUUGUUCCCUCUACUGAAGGAAGUGAAACCAUCAACACACUUGCCCAGGCUAUAGACAACUUUUUCUUAUACCUGAUUGUGCUCAUUGCCUGGAAGGAACCUUUUGGGCAAAAGCAUUGAAGUCCAAAAUCUAUGGGGAAGGAGCCAACUUUCUCGCGUUCCCUUUUGCUUCCUGAGGAAAAAGAAGACAACUCAGGAGAGGUUUUCUUGACGGUCAUCUCAACAGAAGAGUGAGAAAUGGAACCCGAGGAAGAGAGAAUCCGCUAUAGCCAGAGACUGCGUGGCACAAUGCGGAGACGCUACGAAGAUGAUGGGAUUUCUGAUGAUGAAAUUGAAGGAAAAAGGACUUUUGACUUGGAUGAAAAACUCCACACCAACAAAUACAAUGCCAGUUUUGUCACCUUUAUGGAAGGAAAAGAUUUUAAUGUAGAAUACAUCCAGCGGGGUGGCUUGAGAGACCCUCUGAUUUUCAAGAAUUCUGAUGGACUUGGAAUAAAGAUGCCAGAUCCAGACUUCACCGUGAAUGAUGUGAAAAUGUGUGUGGGGAGCCGUCGAAUGGUGGAUGUCAUGGAUGUGAAUACCCAGAAAGGUAUUGAAAUGACUAUGGCCCAAUGGACCCGCUAUUAUGAGACUCCAGAGGAAGAGCGUGAGAAACUCUAUAAUGUCAUCAGCCUGGAAUUCAGCCAUACCAGACUGGAGAAUAUGGUGCAGAGGCCUACCACGGUGGACUUUAUCGAUUGGGUAGACAAUAUGUGGCCAAGGCAUUUGAAGGAAAGCCAGACAGAGUCCACAAAUGCCAUCUUGGAGAUGCAGUACCCCAAAGUACAGAAGUACUGUCUCAUGAGCGUCCGAGGCUGCUACACAGACUUUCACGUGGACUUUGGUGGCACCUCUGUGUGGUACCACAUACACCAGGGGGGAAAGGUCUUCUGGCUCAUACCACCUACGGCCCAAAAUCUAGAACUGUAUGAGAAUUGGCUGCUAUCAGGGAAACAGGGAGACAUCUUCCUGGGUGACCGGGUAUCAGAGUGCCAGCGCAUUGAGCUCAAGCAGGGAUACACCUUUGUUAUCCCCUCAGGCUGGAUUCAUGCAGUAUACACCCCCACAGACACAUUAGUGUUUGGGGGCAACUUUUUGCACAGUUUUAACAUCCCCAUGCAGCUCAAAAUCUACAACAUUGAGGAUCGAACACGGGUUCCAAAUAAGUUCCGUUAUCCCUUCUACUAUGAGAUGUGUUGGUACGUGUUAGAACGAUACGUCUACUGUAUCACCAAUCGCUCCCACCUGACCAAGGAUUUCCAAAAAGAAUCUCUCAGCAUGGAUUUGGAGUUAAAUGGUUUGGAGUCUGGAAGCGUAGAUGAGGAGGCUUCAGAGAGGGAGCCGAGGCGGCUGAGCAGCCGACGCUCCAUCCUUACCAGCCCCAUGGCCAAUGGAGUCAACAUGGAUUAUGACGGGCUGGGCAAAACCUGUCGGAACCUGCAAGGGCUGAAAAGAACCUUGUCUGUGGACUCCUCCUCGGAGUCUGGCCGGAGCUCACACAAUGGCCAAGUGUGGGAUCCUCAAUGUAGCCCCCGGAAGGACAAGCAGGUUCACCUCACUCAUUUUGAGCUGGAAGGGCUCCGGUGCCUUGUGGAUAAGCUAGAGUCACUGCCAUUACACAAGAAAUGUGUACCAACUGGGAUUGAAGACGAAGAUGCCCUCAUUGCCGAUGUCAAGAUACUGCUUGAGGAGCUCGCGCAUAGUGAUCCCAAGUUAGCCCUCACUGGAGUCCCCAUAGUACAGUGGCCCAAAAGGGACAAGCUUAAAUUCCCUACCCGACCAAAGGUGCGGGUCCCCACCAUUCCCAUCACAAAGCCUCACACCAUGAAGCCUGCUCCUCGACUGACCCCAGUGAGACCCGCUGCCUCACCCAUCGUCUCAGGAGCCCGGAGGAGACGGGUUCGAUGCCGGAAAUGCAAGGCCUGUGUUCAGGGCGAGUGUGGAGUGUGCCACUACUGCCGAGACAUGAAGAAGUUCGGGGGACCUGGACGCAUGAAGCAAUCGUGCGUCCUUCGCCAGUGUUUGGCACCCCGACUGCCUCAUUCAGUCACAUGUUCUCUCUGUGGAGAGGUAGAUCAGAAUGAGGAGACCCAGGACUUUGAAAAGAAGCUCAUGGAAUGCUGUAUCUGCAAUGAGAUCGUUCAUCCUGGCUGCCUGCAGAUGGAUGGAGAAGGGCUGCUCAACGAUGAACUGCCUAAUUGCUGGGAAUGCCCAAAGUGCUAUCAGGAGGACACCUCAGAGAAAGUGCAGAAGCGUAAAAUGGACGACAGCGAUGAGGACGUAGUCCAGGCCAAAGUCCUGCGGCCCCUGCGGAGCUGUGACGAGCCCCUCACCCCACCCCCGCACUCGCCCACUGCCAUGCUACAGCUCAUCCAUGACCCGGUGUCCCCUCGAGGCAUGGUAACCCGCUCGUCUCCAGGAGCCGGCCCCAGCGACCACCACAGCGCCAGCCGGGAUGAGCGCUUCAAACGGCGGCAGCUGCUGCGGCUUCAGGCCACAGAGCGAACGAUGAUGCGAGAAAAGGAGAACAACCCCAGUGGCAAGAAGGAGCUGUCUGAAGUUGAGAAGGCCAAAAUCCGGGGCUCCUACCUCACGGUCACACUGCAGAGGCCCACCAAAGAGCUGCACGGAACGUCCAUCGUGCCCAAACUGCAGGCCAUCACGGCCUCCUCCACCAACCUCCGCCACUCGCCCCGGGUGCUGGUGCAGCACUGUCCGGCCCGAGCUCCCCAGCGUGGGGAUGAGGAGGGUCUGGCCGGAGAGGAGGACGAGGAGGACGAGGAGGACGAGGAAGAGGACAGUGCUGAGGAGGGCGGGGCAGCCCGACUGAAUGGUCGAGGCAGCUGGGCCCAGGACGGGGACGAGAGCUGGAUGCAGCGUGAGGUCUGGAUGUCCGUCUUCCGCUACCUCAGCCGCAGAGAACUUUGCGAGUGUAUGCGGGUGUGCAAGACGUGGUAUAAAUGGUGCUGUGACAAGAGACUAUGGACAAAGAUUGAUUUGAGCAGGUGCAAGGCCAUUGUCCCCCAGGCCCUGAGCGGCAUUAUCAAGAGGCAGCCGGUCAGCCUGGACCUCAGUUGGACCAACAUCUCUAAAAAGCAGCUGACCUGGCUCGUCAACAGGCUUCCAGGCCUCAAAGAUCUCCUCCUAGCAGGCUGCUCCUGGUCUGCAGUCUCUGCUCUCAGCACCUCCAGCUGCCCCCUUCUCAGGACCCUUGACCUUCGGUGGGCCGUGGGAAUCAAGGACCCUCAGAUUCGAGACUUGCUGACCCCACCAACUGAUAAGCCUGGUCAGGACAAUCGCAGCAAGCUCCGAAACAUGACCGAUUUUCGGCUGGCCGGCCUGGACAUCACGGAUGCCACCCUCCGCCUCAUCAUCCGACACAUGCCGCUUCUGUCUCGACUCGACCUUAGUCACUGCAGCCACCUUACGGAUCAGUCGUCCAAUCUGCUUACGGCUGUCGGCUCCUCCACACGCAACUCCCUCACAGAAAUCAAUAUGGCGGGUUGCAAUAAGUUGACGGACCAGUCCCUGUUGUAUCUACGGCGCAUCUCCAACGUCACCUUGAUCGACCUUCGAGGCUGCAAGCAGAUCACCCGGAAGGCCUGCGAGCAUUUCAUCUCCGACCUGUCCAUCAACAGCCUCUACUGCCUGUCUGAUGAGAAGUUGAUCCAGAAGAUCAGCUAAAACCCACUCAGCCCCAGACUGAACAGGAAACAGAACCCCCCUCCCACUCCCCACUGCGGAGAGCUGCUCCCCCCAUUCUGCACGGGCUUCGAGGCCGGCCUCCCGCUCCCCACUGCGGAGAGCUGCUCCCCAUUCGGCGUGGGCUUCGAGGCCGGCCUCCCGCUCCCUCUGCUCUCCCAUCCCGGCCCUCUUCUGGCACAGCAGGACGGGGCAGAGCGGGUGUUCCUGCUGCACGGUCCCAGUGGCCGAGCACGAGGAUGACCGAGCUGCUCCCUUCUCUCCUUCCUUCCCUCCCUUCUUCCUUUCCUCCCUCCGAUGAAAAAGGGAGAAGACACCACAGGCGGUGCUGUUGAGGUGCUGACUUGGAGACCAAGCUCAUGGUUUGGGGGUGCUGUGCCGAACCCCUGCCCCACCUAGGCCCCUUUCCCCCUCCCCCAUCUCCCAGCAGGGCCUGGGCCUGAGCAUCGUCCCUGGGAAAGGGGCCCGGCCUCAGAAGCUAGACUUUUCCCGGGUGGUCGGCUGCGCCCGGCUCAUGCGGAUGGGUGGCCCUGGCUGCGUGAAGGCCAGACCUGCAAUCACACUGGUGCUGUUGAAUUUCCAGAGACCUCGAGUCUGCCCCCGCCCUCUGCCCCUUGGCACCGGCCAAGGCUCCCGGCUCGACAAACACUGUCUCCCUGUACUUUGCCCCGAGUCCGUGUCAGAUUGCUGUGCACUUAAUGGGCCGCUGCCCCGUGGACACGCCAGGGCUCUUGGGACUACCAGGGCAGGGCCGCCUCUGGGGAGGGCUGCCCUAGAGCCGCCCCACUGGGGCCGGGGCUCCCCGACAAGAUCCCCUGCGAAAGCCCCUCCUCUCCUCCCCGCCCCAGCUUCUUUUUUCUCUUUCUCAAGGGGCCUUUCCCUGGGUGUGUGUGCUUGGAGGGAGCGGGUGGGGGGGGUGGGGGGAGAAGGAGGGCCAGACGGGGUCCCUGCUCUUCCGACUGCCUGCGAGGGUCUUGUCUUUGUGUAUAGUCUGGUGACUCAAUCCUUGUUCUUCAGCUUAGAGAUAUGCUCCGCUUUGGCUCUCCCCCUGCACAGCGCUAGGUAGCCGCCCUCAGCCUGGCCUCUGGACCAGGGGCAGGGGGUGGUCUGCAUGUGCCUGUGUGUGUAGGCUUCGGGGAGGGCUGUGGUUAGUGUGUGCUCCCUCCCUCCCUGCCGUGCCCCGUCAGCUGCCCUCCCCCCCCCCCCCCACCCUUUCUUUUGCAUUGAGCAGGCCGGUCCAAAGAUCCUCUCUCGGGCAGCAGAGAGCUUUUUGCACUUUAAAAAGAAAGAGAAGGUCGUGAUUUCUUUUUGGGUCAAUAUGGACGUGAGAGAGGAGGUGCUCACAGCAGCUGCCUGUGGCAAGAGCUUACAAAUGUUAUACGCAAAUUUGCACUCUGCUCCCCAGUCUGUAAGGAUGUUGAUAGCACAACCUCGUCCCCUCUUCCUUCCCGCCUCCCCUUCAGGCCCCUGCCUAGAGCCCAGGCCCAGGCCUUCCCCUUGACCCUGCGCCGCCCCACCUGGGGAAGGGAGGGAAGAGGAGCCCAGGCCAGGCGCCGCCUGCACCCUCGCUCGUCCCAGAGCAGGAGCGGGCAGAGGGGCUUCCCGCAGUCGCCGCUUCGCCCCGCUUUGACUCCCGUCGUCGGCUUCGAUCUCCAGAAAGAAGAGGCUCGGGGAGGGAGUGGGUAGGAGGUGGCAGCACACGGCGUGUCUCCCGGCCGGUUGGCAGCGUGCUCCCUUCGGCCCUGCCCCCCAGCCCAGGGCUCAGAGCAGAGGGAAUGUCAGGGACUUGAUUCCAGAGUGCCUCCGUAGGGGAACUUCUCUGUAAAGAACCCUGGGUAUCGAGCAAAAACCUUUCUUAUUAAUAUUAUUAUUGCUAAUGACCUAGAAUUGGAAGCUUCCUGCCUUUUUUGGUUGCUCCUGUGGAAAAUACUGAAAGAAGACUUACUGUUUGUUUGUUUUUUGCCUUUUUGUAAAAGGGGAGGUGGAGAGACCCCUUCGCAGCAGGGAUUGUGCCGGGAGAGUGCCUCUGACUUUGGGACAUUUUAGCCUGAAGAGACAUUUCCAAGCUGACUGGGGAGUUGUCAUUUUCAGCUUGGAAACGUGGAAGCAUUUUUCCCGUGCACAGAAAUCGGUCAGCAGGAAUGGGAGCACAUGAGCUACAGCAGACACAUUCCCCCUGCUGGGUUUAGCUUUCAUUGGGGGGGACAAGAAGGGAGGGACAGGGGCUCGUAGAAGGGACGGGGUCGCUCCCUGCCGGGGCCGGACCAGACCGUGCCCUGCUGCCGGGCCGGUGUUGGUGGCAGGGCCAGGGGAGGAAAAAAGAGCCUUCAGUCACAUUACUGGAGUCUGCUCUUAGACACAGCCUCCCCGGGAAAGCCCACGCAUGGCUCCAGAGACAGCAGGGAGAGGCGCCGGCCCCAGCCUCUGGCCUCCCUCCACCUUUCUGAGCACGGGGGUGAAAACCACAAAGGAAAGGAAGAAAAAUGAUAUAUAUAUAUAUAUAUAUAAAUAUAUAUAUAAUAUAAAAUCACUUGGUGAUUAAAAAUAACUGCUCCAUAAAUAAAACUCCUAAAGUCACUA